UCUCUCUCUCUGUCACAUCUGGUCACAUCCAAUGAAUGGAUGUGUCGCCUCCUUGACCAGUUUUAGCGAGGGAUUCGUUUAAAUUUGUGUACGACAGCAGUUCGAAACGACAAUUCGAAAUAGAAGCGGAAAUUACGUGUCCUAUGCCGCGAAUGUUCGGGACACGGAAGCGUGCUGGUGCGGAAACCGUAAAGUUCAAAUGACAGGUUCCAGGAAAAUAAGUCACUACACUGUUGAAGAACAUUUAUCGUUUCCGGAACCAAGUCUGUCGGCAGUGGAUGUUCCAAGCAUUGUAACUGUAAUUAUACAUUCUUGCAGACACUUUAUAAGGCAAGCUACAUAAAUUAGUAAAGUGACACAACAUGACAAGGAACGUAGUAGAUUGGACGACUCAAGAUGUGGCGACUUGGCUUGAAGAGACUGGCAAUGGAAAGUUUGUAUACCAGUUUAAAAUACUACAUGAAAUUGACGGAAAGGCAUUACUCAGUCUUAAAGAGGAAGAUCUAAAAUCUCAAGAAUUGUGUAUUAAAAAGAUCGGUGACAUGAAGAGGCUAUACAUCAGUAUUAAGCAACUACAACGAGAUAAUGUUUCGUCACUAUACGAGCUCGGUCUUUUAGAUUUAUUUCCUUCGACCAACUUUUAUACUCAACAAAGGAACGAAGUACUAAGUAGUGGCGGUACAAUUAAUGAAGGAUCGAUGGAACAUGAAUUCUAUUCAGCUUCUGUAUCGGAGGACGGUCAAGCCUCUCAUUUACCUCCGGAAAUCUGGAAAGCGUGUAUUAGUUUGGCAUAUUUAUUCAUUGUCACUUGGAUUACUGCCUUUGUAAUGGUUAUUGUUCACGACCGAGUGCCUGAUAUGAAAAAAUACCCUCCAUUACCUGAUAUUUUCUUGGACAAUGUUCCACACAUCCCAUGGGCAUUUGACAUGUGCGAAGUGACUGGCACUUUGCUUUUUGGCAUAUGGUCGGUCGUCCUUAUUUUUCACAAAUACAGGUUCAUUUUAUUGCGGAGGUUUUUUGCGCUAUCUGGCACUGUCUUUCUCCUGAGGUGCGUAACGAUGCUUAUAACCUCACUAUCAGUGCCAGGUGCACAUUUGCAGUGCCAGCCACGACCAACUUCUGAAGAAAGUUGGACAGGACCUGCCUAUCGAGAAUUGUACAAUAAAAUUGCAAUGGCUUAUGUCAUUUGGAGAGGUGCUGGUAUGUCCAUUCAGGGUGUUCGGACAUGUGGAGACUAUAUGUUCAGUGGUCAUACGGUGGCACUGACUAUGUUAAACUUUUUCAUCACAGAAUAUACGCCGAGGCAUUUGUAUUUCCUACACACAUUCACGUGGAUGCUCAACAUGUUUGGGAUAUUUUUCAUCCUAGCCGCGCACGAGCAUUACUCCAUCGACGUUUUUGUCGCCUUUUACAUAACUUCAAGGCUCUUUCUCUACUAUCAUACUUUAGCAAAUAAUCAAGCGCUCAUGCAGCGGGACUCGAACCGUACUAGAAUUUGGUUUCCUUUAUUCAGCUUUUUCGAAUCGUCCGUGGACGGAAUAGUCCCGAACGAGUUUGAGUCGCCUUCUGUAAUAAUUUGUAACAUAAUCGGCACCAUCAAAGACACCUGGCAGACCUUGCGAACGUGCGCGUAUUUUGAAAAACCUUGCGUCAAUGCCGACUCGAAUGGCACAAAAAAGAAACUUUAACGUUACCUCAGCAGACGCCACUUAGGUUCUACAAAUUCUCCUGGCUUCUGAAAAAGGAAGGGAAAAAGAAAUAAACAAUUGUACAAAUGGGGCUCCUAGUGAAAUGCUUAGAUCGUACGAAUUAUUUUCGGAAAAGAUUGUAAAAGAUUAUCAAGCGGUAUAUAUAUAUAUAUAUAUGUGUAUAAAUGUAAAUCUUCGCUAAGCGAGAUCCAUCAAUCGGCGAGAAUGUAACCAAAUUGUAUCUUUUUUUUUUUCUCCCACUCGGAUGGAAAUAAUUCCGUUCUUCCGAAGUAUGCGUUCAAACUAAACGAAACCAAAGUCUUUACACGUUUAACAAAUCCGAGCACUUUUUUUCUACUGGUGCUCGAUAGACAUGCGCGUAUAUUUACACGUACUCCAGUACGUCGCGAUUACACGCGUUUUGUAAGCUGUUACUUUUUAGCCGUUUGAUAUUAUUUUUGACACAUUUUUAUAUGUAUAUAUACAUAUUUAUAUAUCUCUCCCUAUAUAUAACGUGCGUAUUGCCAUGGUCCACUCGGUAGGCAACUCAAAAUACAAAUGUACGACUAUCGGCAUUCUAAUUUUGUACUUAUAUUGUAACGUUGGUGCGGCAAUGAUUCUGAUAAGGAACUCUCGGUUCUGAUUACGGAAAGGUCAUUUGUCUGUUUACGCGUAUUUCCCUGAAAACAGUGUUCAAUGACAUGGAGGAACUAGAUUUGACGAAGUCCGUAAAUUGGAAAAAUCUAAUAUUAUAUACAUACACAUUAAGAAAAACAAAAAAAAAAGAAGAUACAGAGAUUAAUUUUUACGAAAUUUUAUCGGUAAUAUGUAUUUAAGAUGUUAACAUAAAUUGGCAAUUUUUUAAGAGAUAACUAGCAAACGGUUCUCUUGAAGACGGAAUAUUUGAAUCCUGUAUUUUGUUAGUAAAAUGUCAUUCGUAUCAGGAA